GCACGCUCCCACGCGCGACGAUCACCCUUCUGUACAGCCUAAAGAAAGACAACUAUUUGUUCGCACUUCCUCGUUCUCUCUCUGUAACUGCCUUUAUUGCUCUCACCGAUUGCAUUUCUCUCUCCCCCUUUUCUGCCGCGAACGGUUUCAUUCCCGGCUCAUCACAAAGAAAUUCUCCUUUUUUUCUGUCUCCUCGCCUUCCCUCAAAGACAACAACCACAAAACUCAAACUAACAAGUCAGCAAAGGGAGCAAAUACCGUCAACCAGCACCCAACAUACACGGCCAGUUUCACGUCUCUCCCUCUACAAAAAAAAAAAAACAAGCAGACAAAUAAAUAAAUUGCCGAUAGCAUUAACCAAAACCGUAUUGAUUCUCUCUUCGAUUUUCUUUUUAAUAUAUAUACCUGUGGAUUUGUAGCUAUUCUCUUUUCUUUCCCUUUUCUCCUUCGCUGUGCAUCCUUCCCGUGUUUACCACGAGACACACCCACGCACAGCCACACGCCAAGAAGUAAUCAGUAACGCCGGAGUCAAGACAUAUCUUCCUCUUUCUUCCUCUUCUAUUACUCUUACUUGUUUCAUCUCCUCUUAUAAGCAACCGCAGAACCAUGUCCUCAAACAAACACACGCACCCCAAGGUCCACAUGAACCCGCAUGUGGUGCGUGCGGAGUACGCCGUCCGCGGCCUCAUCCCUGCCCGCGCGGAUGAGAUCAAGAAGGAGAUUGCGGAGGGCAAGGGUGCCCACCCCUUCACGAGCCUCGUGUACUGCAACAUCGGCAACCCGCAGUCGCUGGGCCAGAAGCCGCUCACCUUCAACCGCCAAGUUAUGGCACUCUUCGACGCGCCUUUCCUGCUGGAGGACGAGGCGCUUGUGGCGCGCUUCCCGGCGGACGCGGUGGCGCGCGCAAAGGAGUAUCUGAGCCACAUCGGCACGGCCACGGGCGCCUACACGGCUUCUUUCGGGUACGACUUUGCCCGAGAGGCGGUGGCGGCGCACAUCAACGAGCGCGAUCACCACGUGCAGCCCGAGGCGACGCUCGACGCGAUCUGCCUGACGGACGGCGCGAGCAGCGGCGUGAAGGUGUUUAUGCAGCUUCUGAUCGGAGGCACCGGCGACGGCGUGAUGCUGCCGAUCCCGCAGUACCCGCUGUACACGGCGCAGCUGGCGCUGCUGGGCGGCACCCUCGCCCCGUACUACCUGCGUGAGAAGGACGGGUGGGCGAUGCAGGCGGAUGACCUGGCCGCUGCUUAUGAGCAGUGCGAGCUGGAGCACGGUGCGACGCCGCGCCUGCUGGUGUGCAUCAACCCCGGCAACCCGACCGGCGGCGUGCUGGACCGCAAGGUGAUGGAGGACGUGGUGAGGUUCUGCUACGACUACAAUGUGCUGCUGCUGGCGGACGAGGUGUACCAGGAGAACAUCUACGCCGCGGACCGCAAGUUUGUGAGCUUCCGCGAGGUGGUACUGUCGAUGCCUGCGCCGUACAGCACGGGCACGAUGCUCGUCUCGCUGCACUCCACGUCGAAGGGCAUCAUCGGCGAGUGCGGGCGCCGCGGCGGGUACUUCUGCAUGACGAACCUGCCGUCCCCGAUGCGGGAGCAGGUGACGAAGAUGUGCUCCAUCAACCUGUGCGCCAACGUAAGCGGGCAGAUCAUGACGGCGCUGAUGAGCACGCCGCCGCAGAAGGGUGACGCGAGCUACGAGUCGUACUGGGCGGAGUACAACGGCAUCUUCUCGAGCUUGAAGGAGCGCGCUGCCCUGCUGGCGCGUGAGCUGAACACUAUUCGCGGGAUGUCCUGCCAGCUUGUGCAGGGUGCGAUGUACGCCUUCCCUCAGAUCACGCUGCCGGCCCGGUACGCGGAGUACAACGAGGCGCAGAACAAGAAGGAGGGCCGCAAGCUGGCGCUGGACGCGCGGUGGUCGCUGGAGCUGCUGGAGGCCACCGGUAUUGUGGUGGUGCCCGGGUCCGGCUUCGGGCAGGAGCCGAACACCCUUCACUUCCGCACGACGAUACUGCCGCCGACGGCGCAGAUGGAGCGCAUGGUGGCUGCCAUUCGCGACUUCCAGGAGAAGGUGUACAAGGACUACGCGUAG